AUAGCCCAUGCUAGUACUAUGUUGUGAUGAAUGGUACAGUCUAGACUUUUUGUCUCUGCUUCAAGAAAUCAAUAACAAUGUUUUCAAAGGCAUGCUAGAGGUUGUUUAUUCGAAGUUUCAAGUUUACAUAUAUAUUGCACGUUCUUUCUAUUUUUUGGAAUUAGAGAUAGAUUACACAUAAGUGUGAAGAAUGCACCUUCAUCGUCAACAAGAGUCGAUGACGUGUCAGCUCUCGCACGAAAAGAUAUAAAAGGGGAGAUUACCGGAAGCUCAGGGCGCGUCCGCACACUUAGUACUUGUGUUCGUCGAUCUCCACGCCAAGGACUGUGAUCCCGUCAAAGAAAACAUAGAAGACACCACACCAUACCAUACAGACGACGUUCGCUAACUCUCCCUUCCACCUAGAGUAAAAUAUGAGUGAAAUAAGCAUAGAAAAUUCAAUAUUUAAGGAAGAGAAAGAAGAAUUCUCUUGGGAUGAAAACGCGUUAAAAGAUUUCAAAAAGGUUAUCAGAGAUCAAGGAUUUAAAUUUCAAAUGGAUGAUAUUUUUCUUCUUGGUUUUCUUCGUGCUAGAAAGUAUGAUAUUGAAAGAUCUCUCCAGUUACUUAAAAAUUACUUCAAAGUUAGAAUAGAAUAUCCCCAAUACUUUAAGAAUCUUCUUCCUUCCAAGUUGAGUCAUGUUUUAGACAUGAAUAUGAUGCAGUUUUUACCAAAACUCGAUCAGAAUGGAAGUUACAUUUAUGUUUACAAAUUUCGUAAUUGGGAUACGUCUGUUGCAAGUGGUAUUGAGAUGUUGCGUGAAAUAAUGCUUGUAAUGGAUUUUCAGUUAAAUUUUCACAGAACUCAAGAAAGAAAAAUUGUUUGUAUUAUUGAUUCAGCGGGUUUAUCCUUGACUCAUUUCUAUCAUUUUACACCUAGAAUCAUCAGUUCACUGGUGACUUUUAUCCUUGUAAGUAAUUUAUAAUUAACAUAAAUAAAUUUAUUUCUACACAUUUACUUAAUUAUAUAAUUAGAUUAGAUGUUACCCGCGGCUUUGCCCGCGAGAAUUUUGUAA